GAGAGAGAGAGAGAGAGAGAGAAUGGGGAAGCUAAGCAACGACGCAACCAUCCAACAUUUCAGCCACCCACAUCCCCUAGAGCUGGUGCAGCUCUCCACCAUCCAUUUCCCAGCCUCACCAUGCGCUGGGUGCAAGCUCAAAGCUUCUUCAUGGAUCUACGCAUGCAAGCCAUGCAACUACGUACUCCACAUCACGUGUUCCCAGAUGCCUCAGCUCAUCAACCACCCCUCUGACCCCCACCACCCUCUCUCCCUCUUCCCCCUCCCUGCCUACCCCGAAGGCUUCUUCAACUGCGACGCCUGUAGCCGCCGCGGCAACGGAUUCUCUUACCACUGUGGGGUCUGUGAUCUCGACAUCCACAUCCUCUGCGCUUCCAUGCCUCUGUCUGUCAGUCACCCAGCCCACCACCACCCUCUCAAUCUCGUCUUCUUCCCUCCCUACGAAAGCAAAGGUUUCUCUUGCGACAUUUGCGAGAACUUAGGUGCAAGCCAUUGGCUUUACCGUUGCAGCACAUGUGAGUUCGACGCUCACAUGGUCUGCGCCACAGCUAAGCCAAGGCCUACAGUGCAGGCUCAGAAUCAGUAUCCUCAAGGGAUCCCACAACAACAGCAUCAGCUGCUACGGCCAGCUGCUAACCCACAGUUUCAGGCUCCUGGUGAUGGAUUAAGGAAUGGACCCCAGCAGGGAUAUACACCUACUUACUAUGUGGAUGGCCCGAGUCAAGGCAUCCAUCAAGCCGGUCCGCCCGCGGGGGGGAAUGGGCCAGGUAACAGUUUGGCAGAUCAGACGAUGCAAGGAUUCAUCGAUGGCACCGCUCAGCAGGCUGGAGAGAGUUUCAUGCAGGGUAUUACAGGAGAUGGAAGUGGAAAUGGAGUUGGAGAUGGAGGUGGAGGAGAUUCUUCAUCUGGUUCUAUCUUUAGCAAUCUCUUGGGGGGUUCCAGUGGAGGUUCCAAUGACUGACUAGUUCAAAUUCAGAUUGGAGAUGAGGAAGAUCAACGGUUGAUGUUUGUGGGCCCAUGUUUCUAGUCUUUGUUUUUUGGUGGAGAGUGAAAGAAAAGAAACUGCAUGUAUUGCUAUAUUUCUUCUUUUCAGACUCUUUUAUUUGGCUUUCUUGUUUCUUUCUUCUCUUCAAUAAAGAAAUUGAACGGUUUUAUGUUUC